CAUGAAACAGAAAUAAUGUUUCUGCUAAUCGCAGGAACGUACAAGCAAUCGUUUAAUUCCAACAUUAGACCACUAGGCAAGACUAAACUAUAAGUUCCGAUUGCCAAAGCUGCAACAGGUGCACCAUUGCCGACUCGGAGUUCAAUCUCGCCUCGAGCUAACCGUCUACUCUGCUUCAGUCCCUGCAUGGUAGUACAGAUAUGAGACCCACAUCCAGUAUCUAGUACCCAUGAUGAAGAUAUAGACAUGUUAACUUCUAUAACAUACACCUCAGAAGAAAUGGUCGUACCUUCCUUCUUCUUGGUUGCGAGGUGAUCAGACAGAUGAACCUAGAGCCGAUCCCAGAGGGCAUUGAGGAGGAGAUGUACGAUGGCGUGGCUGUCUCUUUAAUCUGUUGAUUAUGCUUUAUUUAAUUAACUUUAAUGCUUAUUACGUUUUCGGGCAAGAUCCCAAGUUGUUUGACUUUAAAAAGGCUUCCGCAUUAUUUUAAAUUACUCCGAUGGAUUUUUAUAUGUAUUGAUAGAACCCACCGCCACCACCACAGCCGCAGCCGCGCAUCGUUACUUUUAAGACGUUGAAGGAUAAUGGAGCGGAAGAGUUUUGAGGAGACAAGAUGGGGGAGCCCCAGAUUGCAUUGGAUUGGCUUGAGCAGAUGGACCGGGUACUCAAGAAUUUGAGAGUCCCAGAUGCUGAUCGCUCGGAGUUGGCGUCACAGAUGUUCCGGAAGGGAGCAUAUGAUUGGUGGAAGCGCAUUAACCAGGAUCCACACACGCCCAAGCCUUGGACCUGGGAUCGCUUUGAUCGAGCCUUCACGAAGGAGUACGUCCCCACCCGGUACCGCGAGGAGAGGCGCGAUGAGUUCGUUGCGCUUAAGCAGGAGGGGAUGUCACUGACUGAACUGAGACAGAAGUUCGACUACCUGUCCCAGUAUGCGACGAGUCUGGUCUCCACUCCAGAGGAUCGUUUGAAUGAGUUCGUCAAGAAGCUACGGCCGGACUUGAGGCCGUACGCCGCGCUGAUCACGAAGACAGAUUUUAAUGCGGCGUAUGAUUUGAUUGUGAAGACGGAAAAGAGCUUGGACAAUCUACAGGCAACCAAGAAGGAGGAUCGAGCGACGAAAGACCCGCGACCCGCGGCCAGCACCGGGCCGAGCGGGAAGAGUUUUGGAUUCGGGGGAAAGAGGUACGAGAAGGGUUCUUCGAGUGCGCCGCCGCCUAAGAGGAGUAAGUCAAGGCCGUCUCCGUCGGCCGCCGCUAGCAACUCGAUUAGAACGAGGAGCCACCCGCAGUGUGUACAGUGUGGUAGGCAUCACCCGGGCGAGUGUUGGCUCGCCCAAGGCUUAUGUUUGGGUUGUGGCCAGCCUGGGCAUUUCAGGAGGCAUUGCCCGACAAACCCUAGCAGCGAGCCUGUUUUUCCUAGAGCUCCGGAUCAGCCUGCCACAUCACAUCCAGCACGGAGUCAGCAGUCUACAGCAGCAAAUAAUCAGCAGAGACCACGUCCGCAGCAGUCAGGCCGGGCACCAGCGCGUACCUACGCCAUGCAGGGGCGCACAGAUCCUAGUCCCGAUGUUAUCUUGGGUACGUUCAUACUAUUUGAUUCGGUUAUGCAUGCCUUGAUCGAUCCGGGUUCUACGCUCUCCUAUAUCUGUGUUGGCAUGCCUGCUAAUUCUGCGAUUGUGAGGAGUGACCUUGACAUACCUACUGUUGUAUCAAAUCCGCUAGGACAUAGCAUGCGUCUUCAUCACAUUUAUCAUAGGUGUCCGUUGUCCGUGCAAGGGAAGCAAUUCGCUGCAGAUUUGAUAGAGCUACCACACAAGGAGUUUGACAUUAUCCUUGGUAUGGAUUGGCUCACCGAGCAUAGAGCAGUGGUCAACUGCAGUUGUCGGACCGUACGGCUGAGAGCCGAGGACGGUAGCGACGUAUCACUCUCCGGGAAGGUGUUCCCCAAGGCUCCCGAGUUCAUAUCAUCCUUGAGCGCGAGGCGCUUGAUUCGCAAGAAGUGUGAGAUGUUCCUGUGUCACGUUCAGGAUAUGCGAAAAGAAUCACCACGUCAGCAGGACAUCCGUACGGUUUGCGACUUCCCCGAUGUCUUUCCCGAAGACCUACCUGGUUUGCCUCCGCCGAGAGAGCCGCGGUCGUCGCCUCCACUGCCAGCGCCGGUCACCCUUCCCCAGCCAAUCGCCGCCGCUGCUUCCUUCGCCAGAGGUCCGCCGUUAGCAUCAGCGCCGCCGACGACGGUUCACCUCGUCGUUCUGCCGGUCGUCGCCUCCACUGCCAGCGUCGGUCGUCCUCGCCAUCGAGCUGUAGCGCCGCUGUUUCUCCUUCGCCGGAAGUCCGCCAUCAUCGCCGUCAAGUGCAGCGCCGCUGUUUCGCCUUCGCCGGAAGUCCGCCAUCAUCGCCGUCGGGUGCAGCGCCACCACGCCGAGCGCUGGACGUCGCCUCCACUGCCGGCGUCUUUCCUCGCCGUCGAGCUGCCGCUACGCCACUGUCGCCGGCGUCUGUCACCGUCGCCGCAUCCAGCCGCUGCCCCAAAUUGAUAUCGCCGGCAGAUUAACCUCCACGCCGGAUUGAUUGGUCGAUUUCGCAUUUUGACUCAAUUUGACCCGUUCGUUUGAUUUCGUUGAUUUGUCUUCUGUUCGAGCUAUCGAUUCGAUUUCGGCGUAAUCCAGGUCCGUACUAUGAAGUUAAUAGCAUUUAGAAUAGAUUUAAUGGUUUGGA